AUGGGAGUCACUUCUGAGAACCCUCAAAAGUCACCUUCUCAUCCUUUCCCCUCACUACCGAAUUCCCGCUCUCCCCUCUCUCUCCCCACCUUAGCGCCGUGCGCCAGCUGGCUGCUGAGCCAUGAUGACGUCAUCUUGGGCAUUCCGUCUGGGAUUACCGGGGCCGCAUUGGAGCAGCACUGCCCCUCGCACACAGACGGGGGAGCGGGGGUCGCGGGGGUCGUUAGGGGGGUCCCGCUUGAGGGCCCCCCAGGGGAUGGGGAGGAGGGCUGGGCGGAAGGAGCGGAAAGGGAGGCGGAAGGCGGAGCAGCUGGGGAGGCGGAAGGGGGAGCGGAAGGGGAGGCGGAAGCGGGAGCGGAAGCAGGGGCUAAGGGCGCGGAGGAUGCGGGAGCGGAGGCGGAGGGAUCCGCGGUAUCGGAGAGGGGGGCCUCGGAGGCCGGCGCGGCCGCUUGCAGCAGCGCGCGCCGGCCGUGA